AUGACACAAAACACAUUCUCAUCAAUCGAUGCGAGAAAGGCAGAAAAGGUCGUUAGCCUUGAUGGACGUGGAGGAUAUAACAAGCCUCCACAAGAAGAGUCGCUUUACAAGACCGAAGGUUAUGGACAUGGUGGAGGAGGUUGGGGAAGCAAAGGUGGUGGACAUGGUGGCCAUUGGCCACCGGUAGAAGAAUCUCUUCAUAAAACGGAUGGGUAUGGUGGUGGUUGGGGUGGCAAAGGUGGAGGUCGCGGCCAUUGGCCACCAAAAGAAGAAUCUCUUCAUAAGACUGAUGGUUAUGGUGGUGGUUGGGGUGGCCAUGGAGGAUACGGUGGUGGUGGUUGGGGUGGCAAAGGUGGAGGACGCGGCCAUUGGCCACCAACAGAAGAAUCUCUUCAUAAGACCGAUGGUUAUGGUGGUGGUUGGGGUGGCCAUGGAGGAUACGGCGGUGGUGGUUGGGGUGGAAAAGAGGGAGGAGGUUGGGGUGGCAAAGGUGGAGGUGGCGGCCAUUGGCCACCAAUAGAAGAAUCACUCCAUAAGACCGAUGGUUAUGGUGGAGGUUGUUGUGGACGUGGUGGAGAGCACCGGCCACCUCGAGACGAGGAGGGUGAUGUAAGUCUCAACGGUCGUGGUGGAUAUAACAACCCUCACCCUCUAGUUAAGAAUGCUGCCGAGGCAGAGAAGAAUAAUGUGAACGGUUUCAUUGUUGCUCUUGUUGAAGCUUUUGAAGAACAGGCUUCCUGGCCUAAAUUGUUCUACAUGUCGGGCAAAGGUGGCGACAUUUUCAGCCAACGAACCUUUGCUGCGAUUGGUAAAGGUCUCAGAUCUGUUGAAGAAGAGGAAGCCGGUCAUAAAUUAAUUUAUGUUAGCUCGAUUGUUGGGGAAGGGGAGGUCAAAUCCGAUCCUCUUACGGUUGCCGGAAUGUUUGGGUCUGGUUGUUCUUCACUGUAUUUUGUUUGGUAA